GUUCUAACGAAAAGAAGUUGCGGGGAUUGUGUGAAAAUCUGCUGAAAAAUUUUCUCAAGUAUUCGUGUGUAUAGACCUUAAAUUGGUGCGAAUGGGUUAUUCAGUUUGGCAAAAAAGAGGUUUUUUUUUCUUAACUUCACGCUAAAUUAUAGCUUGACAAUUAAAAGACGAAUUAGCACUUCCCUCUCGAAGUUAUAUUUCGUAUUUUGGCGACAGUAUUGCGCUAUGGUUGCUUGAGACGUCGAUCUUCAGAAGAUCGCCUGCCGUUUAACAACACAGACGCGCAUAUUUAAGAGAUUUUGCAAGUGCUCCAAUGUGGACAAAGUGAAACAACAUAUUGAAUAUAUUGUGCCAUGCUGGUGGUGUCCCAAGGACGGCAAUAAUUAGUGAUUAGUUGUAUAAACGAAUAAAAAAAAACAAGAGGCUCAUUGUUAUGGAUCUCUUUAACAGUCGCAUAACACUCAACUACAACACUUGUCGUUACGUCCCUCAGUGAUCUUUUGUAUGAAGUUCAGUAGUGUCGCACUUCCGGGAGGAAUUGCCUCCCAACCUUCUUUACCACCCCAAAGCAUACCAUGGAGUGCCGAAGAAGCAGAUUUACCAAUAAUACUUCGCAAUUUCUCAAUCCAGCUGCUCCAGAAUUUUGUGCGUCUUAAUUUUUGUGCAAAGCCCAAAAUCUACCAAUAUAGUUCGAGGUUGUGCAUGAACUCAAUUGACCCAGUGAAUAUAAACAUUCUCCAGAGUAGAGAAGAAGAUAGUUUACAAUAUCUCAAGAUAGUAGUCAAAUGAAACAUUUCACAAUUGUGACAACGUUUAUGUUUUUAUGGAAAUAUCUCACUGUAAGUUACUCCUUCACUCCUUUUUAUUAUUAAUCUCAAUAUUUUUUUAUUAUGUCCGCAAUUAAGAAAGAAAUAAAAGAUAUUUUGUUUUAUUGUAACAGACGUUAUAUACUUUUUAUUAGUAGCUAUGUAUGUAUGUAUGAAUGGUGGAGAAGGAUUGAGCGCUUUGUAAAUGUGAUCUUUUAUUUAAGCUCAAUUUGAGAAAAAUUGGUCAAGUAGAACGUAAAACGCCACUGAAAAAAUUUCGCAAAUAACUUAGAAUCGUUAUAAGUCGGUCAAGAAUACCAAAUAAAUUUUCGGAUUAAUGGGUCAUUUUUUGCAUAAUUUCUAUAACUUCUCUCGAUUAAUCAAACAAGAUAAUAUCGAACAGAUUAUUCUUAUAUGGAUAAUUUAUUUCCAAUCAUAUAUGUUUUGUUAUUUAAUCAUCCAGUACUAUGGUUCAAAUGUGAAAGAGUUAAUCCCUAAAAAAAUUGAUAGAAAGUUUUUGUGCCACCUUAUUAAGCUUUUAUUGAGUCGCAAAUAAAAAAAAAACAUUCAUCCCGAUUUUAUAUCUAAGAUUUUAAAGCCUAAACAAAGGAAAAUCAUGCCUUGUUUGAAAGACUUGAGCCUAACUUAAAAAACUUAGGCCUAACUUUCAGAACUUAAUUCUAGAAAAAAAAAACUAAAGCCUAGUUUAAGAACAUUUAAAGCUUUUGUUAAAAUUCUUAAGCUGAAAUUAGUAAGGAGUUACCUCCUAUGCUUUGAUAAUUCCUAAAUAUUUUGCAUUUCUAAGGACUCACAAACUUUCAGGAUCAGUGAAGAAAAACAAAAAAUGUCAAAAUCUGGAUUUUUGUGAAAAAUAUCUUGUUUGAGUUCAAAAAAAUAUUUCUAGAACAUUUGCUGUCUUAGAUAUUUCGUGAUAUUUAAAGGAUUAAAAGAGGUUACGCCCUCUCUCCCUUAUUCCAGUAAAUAAUCAGAAUAAUAAAGUCUAUAAUUUUUUGCGUUUGGGAAACCUAAAACAUAGGUACUUAAAGUAAGUUUCGCCCAAAUCAGAACGAACCACAAAUUCUCUUUCAAAUGACUUCAAUACCAAGGUAUAUUGCCCAUAUUAUGGAAUACCAAUUAUAGUGUUGUUACACAAUGAAUGGACGACAAUGUUCUUUUUUUAUUGUUUUUCACUGAGAAUUGCGUGGAGUUUGCAUGAAAGAAUUGACUGAGAAUUUUCAUGAAUGGGUACUUAAAAGCCGACUGAAGAACAUUUUGGAGAAAAUUAUCUUGAAGGUCACAAUGUUAUUCAACGCAAAAAAUCUUUUUCAUGAGGAAAUGGAUUCUUUGAUAUCUGAUAUGUCUUCUUUUGCAAUCAAUUUAUCAAAUCACUUUUAAAUCACGGAGAGUUAAAAUGUCUUGAAAGUAUGUGGGCAAGUGGGUGAGAAUGUAUUGCAUUUAUAUACUUACAUAUUUGUGAUUUCAUGAAUGAUUGAAUGUGGUUCUGCGAAAGAGAGAACACCGGGGAGAAACCAGAGAUUAGGUGGUCGUCACUGAUAACACUUUGGCAACGUUUUUUAUCCACAACUCAGUUCAUUUUGGGGUGGAGAUCGCGCAACAGGUGCACCGCUGUGCUGUACAACACCGCAUUUGUGAGAGCAUAAUUUUCAGGAGUUCAUAUACCUACACAUAAGUAGUUCUUUUUUUUUCGUUGAACUUCAAGAGUCAAUGAAUGGGGCUGUGGGGUGUCUUUCGCGUGGGCAUUAUGGUCAAACUUAACAAUUUAAUCAAAUAUUGAGCACCUGUAUGAAGAUUUUUUUGUGAGUGCGCGGAAAUUACCAACUUUUGAGUAUUGUGCUCCACAACCAUGCUGAAAACAUGGAGUCUAUUGUGCAGUAAUUGUGUUUGCCCAACUUAUUCUUACAAAGUGAAUUGACUAUUUAUUUUCCUUACGCUCUGUUGGAAAGAGAUGAAAAGCCAUUGCGUAUGGACUGGUGAUUAUUCGCGUAUUCCACCAGGUACAACCAGGUGUAGUGAGAAGGGUUGAUAUUCUGCUGAGAAGAAAAAGCGAUCCCAAAGUGUCAAUGAAAGUGCUGUGGAGGCACUAAGUUAGAGGAAAAGGAGGAAGGAGGCAUCUCUCCUGUAGUGCAUGUGGUGGUGGUGGCAAAAGUACAUCUGAUGAAUUAUGUCACUUUCAGUUGGAACUGUCUAUACGAGACCUUGGUUCUGGAAGAAGGGAAAUCGCGUCGCUGUGCAUGGAGACUCCCUUACAAUACACAUCGGUGGUGAUCCGAAUGACAAGAAAGCCUUCAGGAAACACCGAAAUCGCAUCAAGUCCACCAAGUACACCCUUAUAACCUUCCUACCGCAGAAUUUACUUGAACAAUUCCGCCGAAUUGCCAAUUUUUACUUCCUCGUCAUGACCACAAUAGCUGUUAUAAUUGACAGUCCUGUAACACCGCUCACAUCACUGCUACCCCUUGUUUUUGUCAUUUCCGUAACAGCAAUGAAGCAGGGGUAUGAAGACUACCUCCGACAUCGAGCAGAUAAUAUGGUGAACUACUCACUUGUAACUGUGAUUCGGAAUGGCGUUGAAAUGGACAUUAAAUGCCACAACAUCGUUCCGGGUGAUCUCGUAAAGGUGGUGCGAGAUUGCGAUGUUCCCUGUGAUUUGGUCCUUCUCAAGUCAUCCGAUCCGCAUAACAAGUGCUUCAUUACAACGGCUAAUCUUGAUGGAGAAUCAAAUCUUAAGACUCUCACGGUUCCACGGGGGCUACCAUCUCUCGAUGUCGAUCGUUUGCACACACUUGGGAUCAUUGAGUGUGAAUAUCCUGUAACGGAUUUGUACUCAUUCAACGGACGGAUUGAGUUGUCUGAGACGAUAGGGAAUAGAAUGUCUGCAGUUCCGGAUUUGGAUGUGGUUAAUAACAAUUUCUUACCUCUCAUGGCGGAAAAUCUCCUUCUACGAGGAUCUCGAGUGAAGAAUACCGAAUGGGUAGUUGGGUGUGCGGUGUACACGGGUCAAAUGACCAAAUUGGCCCUAAACAGUAAAGUAACAAAGUACAAAAUGAGUUCAAGUGAAAUAUUCAUCAAUAAGUUCCUGAUAUUCUUCCUUAUUUUGCUCAUUUCCAUUGUUACCAUCUCUUAUUUUCUAAAAAGAUUUCACGAUAUGUAUCGCCAGGAACACAAUAUCUAUCUCGGUGAACCAGUUUCAAACUAUCAAGUGUCACAGUUUCUACAAGAUUACUUUUCGUUCCUUAUUAUCUUUAAUUACCUUAUCCCGAUCUCCUUGUACGUUACGAUUGAAAUUCAUAAGUUCCUCGGCUCAUUCUACAUGGAAUGGGAUCAUGAAUUGUACGACGCACCAACGAAUCAACCAUGUAUUGUCAAUACCUCAGAUUUGAAUGAGGAAUUAGGACAAGUUGAGAUUCUCUUCUCGGACAAAACUGGGACGCUGACGAAGAAUGAAAUGAUUUUCCAGCAGUGUUCAAUUAAUGGGAGAAAAUUCACGCAGAAAAGAACUGGCUUGCUGGAGGAAGGAAAACAUUUAUUACUAAAACUUCCAGAAUUUAAGGAUGAUGUUUUUAACUUCUUUCAAGCUCUAUCUGUUUGCCACACCGUUCAAGUGGCUGGCUCCGAAGACGCCGAUGCAGAGGCAUUGCACGAUAAUUCAUUAGUGCAGAGCGAUGAGACUGAUAAUAUCAAUACAACUGCUUUUACAUUUGGUGACAAUUUCACGGAUAUCAGUGAGGAACGCGAAGAGUCACCAAUUCUCGAGAUGAACGGUGUAAAUGGUGAGAGUGUUAAUGGACACGUUAAUAGUGACAUGAAUCCACUCUUAAAUAGGCAAAACACUGACAAGGACCAACAUUUUCUAGGCCUCAAUAAAUCCCUUCAUCACACACAUCUCCAAAUCCUUCCCACACGUCCAUCAAGUGAGCAUCUUCCCAAAAUGGCAGCCCUCAUCCUUGAGGGUAAACCACGUCCCUACAGCGCUGUUGGCAUGGAUAAUGCCAGUUUCAACCAUAUGCAUGAAUUUACAUUCUCACCCCAGCCGCUUAGUCGACCAAAUUCACAUGUAGACCUCAAAAGGACCAUCUCAACGGAUGCCGAUGUGCAUCAGAAGACACACCGUCGUACACAAUCCUACAAUGUACCACCUAAUAAAGCUAGUGCAUCCGCGAAUGUUGCGAGGACCCCAUCGCGGGUAUCACGACAAUCGAGUAUACGAAGUAUUGUGUCGCAGAUGAAUUCGAGAGAAUCCUAUGCGGCACCUCAGCACACAGAAGCUGCAAAAAUUGAAAGAAAUGAGUCAAUGUAUCGGAGAGGAGUUAUCCAAUCGGUUAUUGAAGAAUUGGAUUAUCAAGCAUCCAGCCCAGAUGAGAAGGCUCUUGUGGAAGCAUGUGCCAAAGUGGGAUUUGUAUACACGGGCGAUGAUGAUGAUGUUGUCACGGUUAAAAUAAAGAAAUCAGUUUUUCGUGGUGGAAAGGCCCGCAACGUUGAUACAUUGGAUUCAGUGAAGAAAAUUUUCAAAGCCGAUAAUUCAACUAUAAUGAAAUUCACGAGGCUCCAUGUGCUGGAAUUCACAUCAGACAGAAAGAGGAUGAGUGUGAUUGUGCGUGAUCAAAAGGGGCAAAUUUGGUUGUAUACAAAGGGAGCUGAGAGUCAUGUUUUGCCACUCUGUGAUAAGACCCCACGGCAAUUGAUUACCGAGACCCAGAAUCACAUUAAUGAUUUCGCCAAAUUGGGUCUUCGUACGCUAACUGUUGCAAGGAGAAAAAUCACGAAUAGCGAAUAUAUUGAAUUUUCAAACGAAAUAACUCAGGCUAAUAAUUCGCUAACAGACCGCAAAGCACUGGUGGAAAGUUGCCAACAAAAAAUAGAAAGAAAUUUAGAAUUACUCGGUGCGACUGCCGUGGAGGAUGCUCUACAGGAUAACGUUAGAGACACGCUCGAAGCAUUGCGAUAUGCUGGGAUAAAGGUGUGGGUGUUGACGGGAGAUAAAGUGGAGACUGCCUUGAAUAUUGCUCUUUCGUGUGGCCAUAUUCCGGAUGAUGCGCUUAAGCAUUUUAUUGUGGAGUGCCAGAGUGCAGAAAAUCUCGAGGAACAACUCAAUGUAUUCGAGAAUGAACUGAAUUUGCAUAAGGAUGAGAAUUUUGCGCUACUCAUUGAUGGUGGUAGUUUGGCAUUUGCUCUCUCCAAAUUCCCCGAACGCUUCAGGGAUUUAUCGGUGCGUUGUCGAGCUGUGCUCUGUUGCAGAUUGAGUCCACUGCAGAAAUGCGAAGUGGUGCAUCUCAUGAAGACUGUUGCUGGGCAUCCAAUUACAGCAUCAAUAGGGGAUGGUGCUAAUGAUGUCUCCAUGAUACAGGAAGCACACGUGGGUCUGGGGAUUGUGGGGAAAGAAGGACGUCAAGCUGCACGUUGUGCCGACUAUGCUUUUGCCAAUUUUGCAAUGGUGAAACGAAUGCUCCUCGUUCACGGGCACUACUUCUCGCAGCGUCUAUCCCUCCUUGUUCUCUACUUCUUCUACAAGAACCUUGUCUUUAUGACGAUCCAGCUGUACUUCCAAAUCAACAGUAUGUUCUCCUCCCAAACAGUUUACGAUGCUCUUUUUCUUACUCUCUACAAUGUUGUCUACACUGCCCUUCCCAUCCUUGUUAUUUCACUCACCGAAAAAGUAUAUCCUAUGGACAAACUUAUGAGUGAACCACCGCUUUAUAAGAAAAAUAUACGAAACAAGAGGCUACAGUGGAAUUACUUUUGCGGAUGGAUGCUUCUGGCCGUUUAUCAUUCUUCCGUCAUAUACGUGUCUGGCUUUCUUAUGUGGAACAAUAAUCCUGCCAUCCUCACCACCCCACAAACAGUGAAUUUCUACUGCUACGGAACGUUCAUGAUACACAACGUGGUGAUAUUGGUAAACUUGAAAUUGUGGCUCAGCUCAUCAUACCAAUCAUAUUGGUUUAUCUUCUCCAUUUGGCUUUCCAUCGUUGGCUUCGUCCUUACGACAUUCAUCUACAAUCUCUUUAAUUUGGACCUCCUCAAUGGUGAUAUGCUAAGUGUUUACUCAAAUCUCUUAUCAUCACUCACCUUCUGGCUCCUUUGCCUUGUGGUUGUUAUCGCAGCACUCAUUCCCGAUUUCACAAUUAAAGCCCUUCAAGCGCUAAAUGUAAACUGCUCAUCAAUAUUUCCGGGACAAAAGAAAGUACCCACAACUAAAUCUCGAUGUACUUUCUUCGAGAUGACACGCCUUUGAGCCAGCUUAUGGACAAAAAAGUCCCUUUGCAUGAGAGAUUGAGACAUGACGUGAUUUUUUUUAUAGUAAUUUAAAACUCAAGCAAUAUAAGAUAUGAAAGUGAUUCAUUUUUUGUUUAAUGAGUGUGAAUUCUAGUGAAGUGAAUUGAUUUUAUACCUUUUAAAAGAAUUUGCAAACAGUGUAGGUAUAUAUGUAGUUGUGCAACUGAUAAAGAACAUUUUUAUGUAUUUGCAAGGAAAUGCCAAGAACGUAAUCAUUUCCGUCACGAUCCUUUUUUUUAGUUACCAAAAAGUUGUAUUAUGUUAUAUUGUAUUGAAGAAAAAUAGAAAUAAUAUGUAUAUAUGAAUGUAUGUAUAUAUGCUUGAUCCCAGUGCGAGAAUAAAAGCUUCUCAGGACAAUCAA